AUGCAAGAAGUUUAUUCAGCCCCUCAGGUCCCACCACCCAGCACAAAAUCUCUCCUCUCUGUGCUGCCUGGAAACAAAUGCGCGUCGCGCCCAGCUGUGUUUACCGUUCCGCCAAUCGUUAUGGCAUCAGCAGCGCAUCUCAUACCCGACGACACUGACGAAUACGUCCGCGCUCCACACGUCGCAAAUGCUGCAUUGCCGUUCGCCGCGAAGCUCGACAGCGAGGAUGGCGCCGUCGACGACGGCGACAUUCACGCCGCAAUCAGCUCGUUUCUCGCUCUUCCCAACAGCUUCUGGGACUCAUCGAUCCCGCCUUUUCUGGCGGUAGAACCUUUGCCAACCAAUGCAUGCGCGGAGGCCGCGGGAGACGCGGUCAGAGGAGCGGCGGACGAAAGCGGAGGCGAGCGGCGCGACGAUGCGGCUGUCAAAGGUCGAACGAAUGAUAGCGUGGUUUGCAUUGGCAACGCGAAAGAUGCGAACGCGGCGACGGUGACGCAAAUUUCGGACAAUAUAAAGCGAGAGGCCGCGGAGCUGCUGCGACGGAACAACGCCGACUCCUCGUCGCUCAAGCGUCGCGCGCCGGAGCGCCCUCCGCCGUGCGGCAGCAGCAACGUGAAGAAGCAGAAACUGCAGCAGCAGCAGCGGCGCAAGGCGCAGCAGAACGCCAAGAUCCUGUCGGCACUGCUGACGGCGCUCGCGUCACUCGACCAGUGCUCCUCCGAGGUCUCCGCGGACGACGAAUCCGCGCCCAACACGCCGUCCCCCAAAAGGCGGAAGGCGGCGUGCGGAAAGACCCCCUUGGCGGCGACCGCGAACGCGCACGGCGGGAGCGUCAAUGCGGCAGAGGCUCCUGAGGGGACAGAGGCGCCGCCGUCGACUGAGGCUCCGAGGGUGGUUGCGGCGACGCGGAAUAGCACUGGCAGUGCGAGCCAGGCCAGCGCGGCGGCACACGGGAAGAUGUCUGCGCUGGGGGGACGCGGAGCGAGGAUCAAGUCGGCAUCGCUGCCGGGACUCACCCAGCAAGGAGAGAAACGAGCUCUGGCCCAAGGUUUUGCGCAAGGAACGACGCGCGUGGAGGAAGAACACGACGCGUGGAGCGCCAAGGACGAGGUCCCGAAUGCCCCAGGGAAGCCACAACGAGGUGGCACGGGCAGGAGCCUUCUGGACGCAUUUCUUGCGGACCUGCCCGACAUUGACGGGCAUCUGGACACUGUUAUGUCCUCACUAUGCUCUGAAUCUGUUGCGACUGCAUGCACAGGAGGAGUGUCGAAGGACAAUGCUGCUUGCGCAGGUGUGGACGGAGCUUUGGUGGAUGCAUUUCCGCAGCCGUCGUCCCACCUCUCUCCGCCCCUGACUCCUGUGCUCAGCCACGCUCCAGGGUUUGGGCAUGUUCACGAGAAGCCUCCGCCUGUUGAUGAGGUGCGCAAUAACGAGGAUGAAGGCGAUGAUGAGGACGACAGGCUCAGCACCAGCAGUAUUGACAGCGAGGAUGCAGCGGCUGCUGCUGCGGCGGCGACAGCUCUGGCCAUGCGGACACGAACGAGAGAGGCAGAGGAGAAUCAUGCGCCUGAACCGACAGCAGGUGCUCUGUAUCCGGACAAUGUGGCUCAGAUGAAGCACGGGGCAGGGCUGCGACCUCCUCCUCUGACGCUCCCUAGUACUCUAGAACCUGUUGGUUAUGGUUCCCCGACAUCUCUCGGCAGUCCGUUUAACCAAAUAAAAGCGAGCACACCUGGCAACAGAGACUCGCCAUAUGCCAUGCCUCUUGGAAUUGGGACACCAUUCCUCUCUCCGAGGUAUGGUGCUGUGGGGGGGAGUGACAUGGACGACUGGAUGCCUCGCAGCCGCGGGCGCAAGGACCGGCAGGUGGCGGGCGGGCGCAUCAAGGCGCGGAGCAUGGCGGAGAGGCAGAGGCGGGAGAGGAUCAGCGAGGGGCUGCAGAAGCUGCGGAUGGUGGUGCGCGGGCAUGGGGACACGGCCACCAUGCUUGAUAAUGCUGUCGCGUACGUGCAAGCACUGCAGGAGCGAGUGACAACGCUCGAAACAAACAUGCUGCUGCACCAGGCAUCGUGCAAGAUGAAGGAAGAUGGAUUUGGCGUUGCCAAUGAUCGAGAGGGAUAG